CUUACCUAGAAAGUAAGAGCUGCCAAAAAUUCUGUCUCUGCGGUGGCUCUAAGACACAGCCGGUCUUGGAAGGAGUGACGUCAGGAUAGAGCCACCAGAAGGAGUCCGGAUGUCUCUAAAUCCGGACACUCCUGCCCCAUCAGCCUCCGUCAGCUCGUCUUAAGGGGCUGGGCCUCCGUGCUCUUCAGGCGUGUCGCCUCUCUGCUCGGUUGGUGAUUUGGAACGGGGAAGGGAAAGACAAUCCUCGAGUUCCCGAGAGAUUGGCAGUCAGCAAUGCCUCAGGGUGACGUGACUGCCUUAUUCCUGGGGCCUCCUGGCUCGGGAAAGUCUGCCCUGAUCGCCGCGUUAAGCGGUAAGAAUGUGGACACGGUAGAGAUUCCGGAUGGACGGCCGGACUCUGGAGUGCCCAGCCUGAGAGCUGCGGCUCCGGGCCUCUUCCUGGGUGAGCUGAGUUGCCCACCCGCAGCUCCCGGGCCCUGGGCGGCAGAGGCCAACUUGCUGGUAUUGGUGCUACCUGGUUCUGAGGGGAGCGAGGAGCCCUUGACCCCAGCUCUGGGCGAGGCAGCGCGGGCCGCCCUGGCCAGAGGAACCCCGCUGCUGGCUGUACGGAAUCUGCGUCCUGGAGAUUCCCAGGAUGCAGCUCAGGCCCGGGACGAGACUGCGGCCUUGCUGGACAGUGCUGGGUUAGGAGCUGCGCCUCUCUUUGUGCUGCCCGCGGAUUGCAGCAGCAGUGACCGCUGCGAGGAGCUAGAGCGCCUGAACGUGGUGCUGCGGACCCAGGCGGAGGCGCUGCAGAGGCUCCUGCCUCCUGCCCAGGAUGGCUUCGAGGUACUGGGUGCAGCAGAGCUGGAAGCUGUUCGUGAGGCCUUCGAGACCGGUGGCCUGGAGGCGGCGCUGUCGUGGGUGCGUGCUGGUCUGGAGCGCCUGGGCAGCGCACGACUGGACUUGGCAGUGGCUGGCACCACCAACGUAGGCCUUGUGCUGGACAUGCUACUAGGGUUGGAUCCUGGCGACCCAGGUGCUGCUCCUGCCUCGGCACCCACUGGGCCUACCCCUUAUCCUGCUCCAGAGCGCCCCAACGUGGUGCUCUGGACAGUUCCCCUGGGCCCCACGGCCACAUCCCCUGCUGUCACCCCUCACCCGACCCACUACGAUGCCCUGAUCCUCGUCACCCCUGGGGCUCCCACCGAGGAGAACUGGGCCCAGGUCCGCUCAUUGGUGUCCCCAGAUGCUCCACUCGUCGGUGUGCGCACGGACGGUCAGGGCGAAGAUCCACCCGAGGUUCUAGAAGAAGAAAAGUCCCAGAAUGCAGGCGAUGGGAACUCGGGGGAUGCACGCAGCGAAGGAAAGAAAGCUGGCACUGGGGACUCGGGGUGCACUGCCGCUCGGAGCCCGGAGGAUGAGCUGUGGGAAGUGCUGGAGGAGGCGCCUCCGCCCGUGUUCCCACUGCGUCCCGGCGGCCUCCCGGGCCUGGGAACCUGGCUUCAGCGCGCACUGCCCACAGCUCAGGCCGGAGCGCUGCUGCUGGCGCUGCCACCUGCAAGUCCCCAGGCGGCGCGGAGGAAAGCAGCAGCCCUGCGAGCAGGGGCGUGGAGGCCAGCCCUGCUGGCUAGCCUAGCGGCGGCAGCCGCUCCAGUACCAGGCCUGGGCUGGGCUUGCGAUGUGGCUCUUCUCCGGGGACAGCUGGCGGAGUGGAGGCGCGCGCUGGGCCUCGAACCCGCGGCUGUGGCACGACGUGAGCGCGCCUUGGGCCUGGCUCCUGGAGUCCUGGCCACGCGCACGCGCUUCCCGGGCCCGGUGACGCGAGCCGAGGUAGAGGCCAGGCUGGGGUCCUGGGCUGGCGAGGGCACGGCGGGAGGUGCGGCGUUGGGCGCGCUCUCCUUCCUAUGGCCCGCGGGUGGGGCAGCGGCAACAGGUGGGCUGGGUUACCGUGCCGCGCAUGGUGUACUGCUGCAAGCCCUAGAUGAGAUGCUGGCUGAUGCUGAGGCGGUGCUGGGACCUCCAGAGCCCAACCAGUGAGGUGUGUGGUGGGGCUUGGGGUAUCUAGUGACUUGGUUCUUGGCCCCACAGCCUCUGAGAUUAAGGAGUGAAGUUUUGUUACUCAAACCCGGAGACUUGAAGGAGACUGACAUCUCGUUGAAACCGAGACUUACAGUCACCCGAUUUCCUAGGUUCUGAAUGGGAGUAGGGUCUAUGCAUCAGAAGUGUGUCAUCCAGAUACCAAUGCAGUAAAGGAAGUUGAGGGCCUGGGACUCCUGGAAAUGGGAGCCUCUUGGCGUCCAGCUGACACCUGGUCCUGGAUCUCUAGAAGCCUUGAUCCCUUCCUGCCUGGGAGUGAACCUAUGGCUAUGGACCUGGAGCUGCAAGGAAUUAGAUCCCUUGGAGUGUGGGGUCCCAAAGGGAAACGAGACAUAAGUUGCCCGAUGAAAGAACAGAUUUGUGGGAGCUAUGAGAGGCUUAGAAAAAGUCUGGUUCCUAAGAAGGCUCUGGAGAUUGGUUGUCAUUUCUUGGGUGGUGGGAAGCCCUGUGGAGACCAGGGGCCUGCUGGAGACCGUUUGGUCUCUUGGAGUGUGGAAGAUUGUCUGUCAUUUGCUCUUCAAGGCUUUGAUGUAGUGAAUACUGUCCCACAAAAUUGAAGGGAAGAGACAAGGGAGGGUCUGGGUAAGGUAGUCUUCUGAUGGCCAGAGCCUGGGAAUGGGGUCUUUAGGGUAUGGAAGAAUAGAAACCCACACUUGGAAAUACCUCCCUUGAGCCUCUGAUGUACUGGGAUGGUGGCAACUGCCUCUCCGAGCUUUACUGGGAAGGGGUAUUACUACCCCCACUUUAUAGGUGCUGGGUGAUUGAGGGUCUCUGGCAUGUGUGUUCCUGUUUCGCUUAAGUUUAUACGGUUUCUUCUGUCAUCUGGACCUUAACCGUUGGGCCUCAGAGUGUUGUGCUCCUGCUUGUCUGGAAAGGCAAGAGUCCUGCUGUAGCAGUCUAUGGUUUUCUGCAUGACCUCCUCCGAUCACUCCAAGGUACCUGCUGCUGGUCCACACAGGCUGCUGCUGUGAACGAGGGUCCCCCACAGGAUAGCUGGGUAGGCCCUUGGUGCUAUGGGACUGUGCCAGAAGGGAGGCAGAGGCAGAAACCACAGCGCUGUAAGCUUUUUGCAGGUGGGAAGAGCCAUGUAAGAUUCCUCAGUGUUGAACACAGAAAAGGAGGACUGGUAGAUGGGACCACUGGGUUCAGAGAUGCAGGCCAGAGGCUCAGCACCAGUGCAAAGCAGUGUGUGGCCUUGCCCUGCCUCUUCUCCAUUCCCAGCCCAUCUCCAGCAAGCCUGAUUUGUUGUUCUGCCUUGGGGCUUGUGCAUUUUCUGGUUUUCUAUGGAAUGCGCUUUUUUGAGAUAGGGUCUUUUUUGAGAUAGGGUCCUCAUCCGUCAGGUCUCCCCGAAAUGGCUCUAUGAUCACCCAAAGUAGCUUGCAUUGAUCCUGGCCACUUGAUCAUCCCUGUAGUGAACAUUACUACCAAUGGCUUCAUUCAUUCAUUCAUUCAUUCAUUCAUUUGCCUGUUCAUUGGCUCUUGCUCCUUGCCUGUCUUUCUCUUGGGUUGUACCCUAGCACCCAGAGCAGGGCCUGAUGCACGGUAGGUGCCUAGUAUUUAUUAUCUUAGUUAACUGAUCAUUGGCACAUGGCCUGGAAUUCAGGUUGUCAGUAAUCCUGUAAUAAAGGAUGAGCUAGGGAGAAGCGAGCUGGUGGGAGAAGGAACAGCCGCUUGGCUGCUGUCACCACAUGAAUGAGUGCCAUAUAUUUUUACCUGGUAGGUGAAAGGACUGGACUGAAAUCAUAAGAACUUCUGGGGACUAAUAACCAGAGGCCUGCCUAGCUGGGCUUUACCCGAAUCUAACCUUUCACCUCUGACACCAUUCGCCCAAUGGAAGGAGGCACCUGAUUUGGCUGUUCCUGCCUGUAAUCCUUGCACCUCUGGUUGACACAGGAGAAUUUGAAAUUUAAGGCAGUCUUCAGUGACAGAGAAUUGCAGGCCCGUAGGCUACAUGCCUGAUCCCACUAGUGUCUAGACUGGCCUUGAACUCCACAUGGUCUGGCCCCUGCAUCUUCUCAUUCCCUGCUCAGCCCAUCUUCAGCCAGCCUGAUAUGAAGUCCUUGAAGCUUGAGUUGGCCAGCUUUGGCCCUGCCUCAGCCUCCCCAGUACUGGGUUUAAUACUCUAAAACCACAGCAUCUGGCUUCCAUUUUAAAGCUCUUGGAUCAGCUCAACAUUCUUUUUGCUAAAUCAUCAAAACCGAUGUGUUCCUUACACCUGAGCACACCUCAGAUCAUGUGAUACACCUAAUUGGAAAUACUUGAAUUGAUAAAUGGAGGGCCCAAUUCACAUACCCAUGUUUCAUUUAUGUUUGAUAAGCUCCUCCCAAUAAUGAAGUUUCAACCAGUGCCUCACAUAUUAAAGGCAAACACUCUGCUGGAACCAUGUCUCUAGCCCUGCUCUAGGGGCUGGAGGUAAGGUUCUGGGCAGGGGCUCCUCUACUGAGCCACGCCCCCAGCCCUUCACUGGGGGAUUCUGGGCAGGAGCUCUACCACUGAGCCACACCACCAGCCCCUUACCUGGGGUUUCUAGGCAGGGGCUCAACCACUGAGCCAUGUUCAUAUUUUAAGACAAAGUCUCACUAAAUUGCCCUGCCUGCCCUUGAACUGACUGUAUUCCAGACAGGCCUUGAAUUUGAGAUCCUACUCACUCAGCCUCCCAAGUAACUGGGAUCACAGGCCUGCCUCACCUCCUGGCUUAAUAGUUUUCUCAAACCUGCAGUGUCCAGUGGAUCAAGUACAAAUAGGAUCUGAGACUGAUUUUUUUUUUUUUCUCAGUGGCAUUAGCCAUACAUUUGGCUCGUAGUUCAACAGUACAGUCCAUUGUGGGAAAGCACAGUGGCAAGAGAGGGAGGAAGACAUUGCAGCCACAUUCAGGAAGCAGAGAAAUCGCUUCCUCUGUCUUCACCCCAGCACCACAGCUCUAUGGAAUGAGCAGUAAGUGACCUCACCGCAUUUAGCACAGUCUAGACCCUCCUCCAUAGCCAUGUCCAGAGUGAAUGUAAACUGUCAGUGAAUAUUAACCAUCACAGGGCUGGAGAGAUGGCUCAGUGGUUAAGAGCACUGACUGCUCUUCCAGAGGUCCUGAGUUCAAUUCCCAGCAACCACAUGGUGGCUCACAACCAUCUGCAAUGGGAUCUGAUGCCCUCUUCUGGAGUGUCUGAAGACAGUGACAGUGUACUCAUAUAGAUAAUAUAAAUAAAUCUUAAAAAUAAAUGAAGAAAAUUAACCGUCACAGACAGCAGGUAGCUGAGAAUUCGCUGUGUUACACAUGCGCGCAGCUAAGCAUGCACACACACAUCAAACACAUACCCAGCUCACAGGUACCACAGCCCCUGAGAAGCUUGGAACUCGAAUGUUGCUCCUCUACUGCCUGGGCCCCACUUCCCUGGUCUGGCUACGGUAACAGCCAACUUGGUCUCCUGUGACUUCCUAUUACGUGUCUUGCACUCUUUAAAUAGUCUUCUUUUUUGGUACUUUGGCAUAGCCUAAGGCUUGCCUUCAACACAGUAUAUAGCUGGUGAUGGCCUUGAAAUCCCGAUCCUCCUGCCUCCACCUCUUGAGUGCCAGGCUCACAAGCAUGUGGCAUGAUUCCUGGCUCUGACCGUGUCUUUCUUUGGCAUCCCUUUCCUGGGCUUUGCUGCUGUCCCUUCUCCUUGAGGCAGGAGGCCCAUGCUAGAUGCAUCAGAAGAAGCAUAUUAUCGUCAUUGUGUGUGUUCUGGUCAGCUCCAUAAAUUUGUAUAUGGGCACUUUUGUGUUGUGUGAUUCCUUGCCCAUUUUUGUUUUGUUACUUGGAGAUAGGGGAUCCAGGCCAUCUCAAACACUUGAUGCCAGGUGCUCCUCCUGUCCCAGCCUCUCCUGUCCUGGAUUACAGGUAGAGGUGGCUGCCUUUUAAACUAUGACUCUCCCCACCCCCCCAAGAUAGGGCCUUACUCUAUAGCUCUAACUCAUGCCUGGGCUCUGAAGACCUGGCAUUACAGGUGUAAGUGACGAUGUAUGUUGCCGGUGUGGUCUUUCGUUAGGAUCUUUAGGCUUUCCCAGAAUGUAAGUAAAGCCGAGACUGAAGCCUCUGGAAGUGUCCAAUAGAAAAGGCUCAGUCUCCCUUGUCACAGGUCACCGGCUGCCAGCACGGUGCUCCCAUGAGCACCUCAGGUCUAGAAGAGCUUGGACACAGGAAUUCUGGGAAAUGUCAGUCCUCCAUGCUGGAAUUGCAGCUACACAAUCAUGGUGUUGCAGGUUUCAAAAGUUGGUCAAUGGAUGAGGUGCCUUCUCGACAUGGAGAGCCUCACACUUCUAGCUCAUGGAGCCGUCGAUUGGAAUGUGGGGGCAAAUCUGUCUGGUCAUUCUGUGGUGUGUUUGGAAAGAUUAAAGGGUAGAAAUGCUA